CUGAUUAGUAGGAUUGUUUGUUCGGCUUUGGGUGUCAGCCGCUUGUAAUUUUUAUUGUGAUAAUUAUAGAAAUAAUCAGUGAUAUUGUUGUGUAAGUGAACUGAAGAUGGUGUGAAUAUUGUGCGAUGAUUUUGAUAUUUCGGGCUACUGUGCAUUGUAUGUAAAAAGCUGCGUCUUCCGCCAUGACAAUGUUGCUCUUGGUCAGGAAGUACCCCGUAACACUUGUGCUUUAUUUUGGGUGUAUCGCAUCGUGUUAUCUCGUUUUAGGCCAAGAUCCAUCAGAAAUAUUGGACUUACAAUUGGCUAAAGGGGACAUUGGCGAUGACACGAAUAUCAGUUGCAGUGUAGCACCAUCGGAGGUGAAUGUGGCAUGGCUCUACAAUAAUAAACCGUUUAAGAUUGGUGAAAGGAUAAAACAACGAGAUGAAGAAAGACUUCUACAGAAGAAAGAUCUUGAUGGUAAUCCCAGAAAAUAUAAAAUUUACAAUCUCACGUUGACCAACACAACGGCGAACGACGAUGGUAAUUAUACGUGUGUGGCGGUGCUAGGGGAACUGAGAGCGGAGAAAACUAUCGUCUUAGACCUCAGCUUCCCGGGAAGAUUAAUAAAUAAGACGACUGGACCAAUAAAACAAAAUGUUACAGACCAACAGAACGUCACGAUGUUCUGUGCAUUCGAAAUUUAUCGGCCAAAUGAAGUGAGGUGGUGGAAAAGGGGCAAAGACGACGAAAUUAUAGAACUCGGAACAAAAGCCGCUAAAGUGAUCGAUCUCAAACGGAUGCAGAGUCAAUAUGAUCUCCACAUACGUAGCCCGGAAGACAAUGGGACUUACAUCUGCGAGAUAUGGGAUUCAGUGACGUCAUCGAACCUGACAGGGGGUAUUGACGUCAUAGUCUUCGCAGCACCACAAGUAGUCAUAGACACGGUCAUACCGAUCAGUGCCUCCCAACUAUUCCUUAAUUGGACAAUCCGUUCAUACAAUUCACCAAUCAAAAGCUACAAUCUGAUGUAUCGAAAAUUACCCUCAACCGACUUCAGCCUAUACACUACUGAGAAGAUAAGAGUUAAUAAUAUAUCAUUUGUCAUGGAGGGUUUGGAGAAAUCUACUAAAUAUCAGCUGAAAUUGGAGGUGACAACUACCUAUGGAUCCAGCAAGCCCCAUAUAUAUGAGUCUAUAGUUCGGACUUUGGAUAAAGAUCCAAUAUUUGUUCCACAUAUCUCCAUCAAUGGAUUCUCAGCUACUUCAGUGACUAUCGGAUGGGCGCCACCUCCAGAGGAUAUAGCCGAGUUGAUACACUAUUAUUUAUUGGAGGCGAGGAAGAUGGAUGAGGUCGCACCAAGGAGAGCAUAUCACUCCAGGGACAGCAGAAAUUUGCCAUACAUGUUCGAUAACUUGGAACCUCACAGCACUUACGUAUUUCGGGUUUGUGCGUGCUCGGAUUUCACAAAGAAAUGCGGUAAUUGGUCUCUAGAGAUGCAGGCUGCGACGUUGGACGGUAUACCGGGGCGGCCGAGCAAUGUCACGGUCACUUGUAGUACUAGCUGGAUGAAUUUAACCUGGCAGCCCCCGGUCAAACCUAAUGCUGAGAUCAAGGGAUACACUAUGGAACUAACAGGGAACGCGACCUAUAGAGACAGGUACGGCACAUACAAAGAGGAGAUGUGGGGACCGCUCACGAAGUUUAAAACAAACGAUUCUAGAAGUGUCAGGUUUGAAGACUUGAAGCCGAAUACUAACUACACGGUGCGGCUGAGUGCGAUGACUCGCACCCGGCGGCGCGGGGACGAGGAGGUCCGUCACUGCGCUACAGCACCCGCUCCCCCCGACUACCCGCCGCGACUGAGGUGGAGAAAGGAGCUGGAUAAUAAUAAAUACGUAUUCACAAUGCACUUACAAAGAAUAGAUGAGCGAAACGGACCUAUAUGCUGUUAUAGGGUGUACAUGGUGAGAUUGUUGCCACACUCAGAUUGGAAUAAUCUUCCCCCUCCGCGUGAUAUUAGUAUAGUUGACUAUGAAGAGGCCCACGGGGUACAACCUGUACUUGGAGCUUAUAUCACUGAUGUAUUCUCUAAUGAAAAAUUCCCGCCCGAAGCGAAUCUUAUAAUGGGGGAUGGUAAAUCGUACUUCGAUAAAGACGAUCCCGGCCUCAAUAGGGAUUCCUGUAAGCGAUGUUUAAGGAAACCGAGGCGGGUCUACGACCUGCCUCGACCACCGACCACCACACCAACCACAAUACCUACCACCACCUACCAACCGCCCACUACCAGGGACGAUCUAUUCGAAGAAGAGAUAGAUACAACCGCUGAACCUGAAGAGGAGAGGAGGGAGAGACGGUCAUACUUAGAUAUUGAUAGGGAUUAUAUGAAAAAUCCAAUGAUGAUGGACAAACUGAUCGAGGUCGAAGUGAAAGAAGAUCUGAAUAUUAAAGACGGUCUACUGGACCCGUCGGCAAACUACACCGUCUUCAUAGAAUUAAUACCCGGUUCACCAUCAGACGACCCUCUGUACAGCGAGUAUCUGAACGUGUUAAUGGCGGCCGCCACCCCCGUACCAACACAACCACCUUCGGCUAUGGAACUAGCUAUAUUGGCGUCGUGUGUGGCGGCGGGGGCGGCGGUGUUGUCUCUAGCCGCGUGGUGUGUGCUAAGGGCGAGACGAUCUCGUAAGCUCCCUCCACACCAUCACGUAGAAAUGAAUCCCAUACAGGCUGCUCUAAGGUACGUGGUAGGUCACAUCGGUGGACGUCAACAGUUAAUAAGCGCCGUGCCCCCGGACAUGCCGCCCAUAGCCAAGGAAGACCUCGCCGCCGCCUACCACGAGAGACAAGCUGACUCCGACUACGGCUUCCAGAAGGAGUUCGAGUUGUUACAGAUGUUACCGGAGUGCUAUCCAGACCGCACCACACACGCUUCGGAGGCAAGAGAGAAUCAACCCAAGAAUAGGUACCCGGACAUCAAAGCAUACGAUCAGACGAGGGUCAAAUUGACCCAGAUAGAUGGCAUCAGUGGCUCUGAUUACAUAAACGCCAACUAUGUCAUGGGUUACAAGGAGCGUAAGCAAUUCAUUUGCGCCCAAGGUCCUACUGAUACGACUGUGAACGAUUUUUGGAGGAUGAUUUGGGAGCAUGACCUUGAACUGAUAGUGAUGCUGACCAACCUCGAGGAGUACUCCAAGGUCAAGUGCAGCAAGUACUGGCCGGACGAGGUGAGAGGCGGCCGGGCCUUUGGCAGCAUCAGCGUCUAUCACGUGGCUGAGAAGAGAUAUUCGGAUUACAUCGUGAGAGAGUUGAAGAUAUCGAAACAGCCUCUGAACUCGGACGGACAGCCGGUAGUUGAAAACAAUGGAGUAGCUAAGAGGAAUGGAGAUUGUGGUAUGAGUGACAGCGUGCCGACCUCGCCUCGUGAUAACAAGUCUACGGACUGUCGCCUCGUCAGACAGUACCACUUCCUCAUGUGGAAGGACUUUGCUGCUCCGGAGCACCCACACUCUAUACUCAAAUUUAUAAAGAGAGUAAACGAAGCAUGGUCAAGUAUGGUCGGUAGGCCGGUGGUAGUUCAUUGUUCUGCCGGCGUAGGCCGCACGGGGACGCUCGUAGCACUGGACUGUCUACUGGAACAGCUACGAGCUACGGGACACGCCUCCGUUUUCAACACCGUAGCCGAGCUACGACGACAGAGGAACUUCCUUGUUCAAUCAUUGAAACAAUACGUUUUCGUAUAUCGAGCGUUGGUUGAGUACGCGCACUACGGCGACACUGAAAUACCGGCCUCAAGACUGAAGAGUUCCAUCGACAGGCUCAGGAACACACCAGAGGGCGCUGACAAGUGUCUCAUGGAACACGAGUUCGAGAAGAUGAUGUCGCCUCCUAUAUCCGAGGCUACGAAAUCGUGUGCGGCGGGCGGAGCCGGAGGUUCAGAUGAACUGCGAGCCAGGAAUCGAAGCCCGGACUGUCUGCCUUACGACAGGAACAGAGUCAUCCUCCCCCCACUACCAGGACGAGAUUACUCCACAUACAUCAACGCUUCAUUCAUUGAAGCAUAUGAUAAUACAGAAGGCUUCAUCAUCACGCAGGAUCCACUUCCGAACACUAUUAUGGACUUCUGGAGGAUGGUAGCGGAACACAAUGUGUCCACUAUCGUUAUGUUAAGUGAGCUUGGUGAAGGUAAAUGUCCCCGUUAUUGGGACGACGGUACCAUACAAUACGAACACAUCUCAGUGCAGUACGAAGAGAGCGAGUCCUGUCCGUAUUACACGAGGAGACAAUUCAGAGUUACCAACAACAAGAGCGGAGAGUGGCGUUGCGUGAGACAUCUUCAAUACCAAGGUUGGCCGACAGCGGCGGGUCACGUGCCGGAAGUGACGCGAGGGUUGGCGGAACUGGCGGAACUAGCGGCGCCCUUAGACUCAGCGCCCGCGCCGCCGCUCGUAGUACACUGCCAAUUUGGUACAGAGCGUUCACCUUUAUUCGUAGCUCUAUGUACUCUUAUGUGUCAGCUGCGUGUUGAACGUCGUGUAGAUGUCGCCACAGUCGCCAGGAAGGUUCGCUCACAACGGGCGAGAACCAUUGACACGUUUUUGCAGUACGAGUUCUUACACCGCGCGAUAUUAAACUACGCGGAACUCCACAACCUGCUCGAAGAUAGUUAAGCAAGACGUAUUACAUACAAAUUUUACAAUUCACAGACUAUACAUAUAAGAGUCACUUGUCUUUCGUCGGUUUCAGUCCGUCAAAUGUUUUUUUUUUAUAUAUAAUAUAAUCGUAACAAUAGUUCUCCAAGAUUCCGCUUGUCACAAUAUUAAUUGGAACGUAUAUAGACGUGUAGAUUUAAUAAUUUUCUAUGUAAAACAUAAGUUACGCUGUAAGUAUUGACAGAACUGAAUAUAGGUUUAUUGCUUGUGUAUAAUUAUUUGCUUAGUGCUCGGUGUUAUAGAAGCAUACUGUAUAAAAUAAUUAAUGAAUUAAUAAUUGUGACGUAAUUAUUCAUAUCAAAGUAUAAUCUCACUAUGAUUAAAUUAUUUUUGGAUUUUUCUAUACAGUAUGUUUCCUGUCUAUUAUACUACGUGUAUAAAACUAUUCUAUAGGUAUCUAGAUUUUGACAAUAGCGCUUAGUUAGUCUAAUGUAGUGCUAAAAUCCGAAAUUCCCAGUAGUUGAAAAUUAUUAUAAUUUUAUUUCAUAUAUUUGUGUUGCCAUAUUUUUGUUUUAGGUAUGUAAAAAAAAUAAAAAAUUAUUAGUCCUAUAUCGUAGAUCUGACAUGAUUUGGUAGCUAUUUUUUUUUAUAUCAAACCCAUCGUUAUUUUUUUUUUAUUACAUAAAUGUAAGCGAUUGUAUUAUUUUUUUGGUAUGAACAUACCAAAUAAAAAACGUGUCCAAAGAAUAGAUUCGGAGUAUGUCCGAUUUAUAUGUAUGUAACGCCGAACAUUUGGUAAUGUUUUAUUAAACCACAAUUCAUGUAUUUAUAGGUUUAUAAAACCUAUAAGGGCCAAAAUUUUACCCCAAGUAUGCACAAAUUUUAUUAAGGCUCGUACACACAUUUGUUUAUAUCAUGUGAUGUUUUCCUUAAAUGAAACUUCAGUAUGUCCAUAUAUAUAUUUAAAAAAAGUAAUACCCAUAUUUUUGUAGUGUUUUGAUCUCCUUCUAUUUCGAAAAAACAAUUUUCUGAUUCUUAUAAUGUAAUGUUAAUCGGCAAAUCGGACGAGUUGUCAGGCACUAUAAUGAUUAUUUCAACUAACUCCAUCUUGUAAAUAUAUCAUCGCAUACAAAAUAUAAUUAAUCACCAGUGUGUGUGCGGCCUUAGAAGUUUUCGAUGUAUUUACUGUUCGUUUUCGGUAUAUUAUAUUAUUAUUAUUAUUAUUUGUUAUUUUUGUAUGUCAAGCGACAUAACGACUGUCUAACGUAUUUUGUACCUAGGUUAAGUGAUUACUAGAUUUUGUAUGAGCUAAUAUACAUUGAUAUUAAUUGGAGUGUACAGCGACUGCAGCAUUGAAGCGUGGACUAUAAGAUAUCACAGGAUUUUUUUUUUAUUAAAUUAUAUUUAAUGUUGCAGUCGUUGGUAAUAGUUGACAAAGUGUGAUCGAACUGUCAAAAUCUAGUUUAAUCUAAAUGGACUGAAUACUUUGUCGGCUAUAGAUUGUACCAUGACGUCACCAACGGGGCUUGCAUGCGUUACGCCCACGAGGCUUUGAUAGUAUUAAUUUAGACCAUAAGUCCAUUCUGCACAUUAGCGUUUUUUGUUUAAAAAUAUAUAUAUUCGGAGCGUUUUUUUAAACGCUGAUAAAAAACGCUAAUGCUCAAAGGCUGUAAAAUUAAAAAUUAUUUUAUGUUUCCUCCCUAUUUAAUUACUGUAAGAAAAAAGUGUAAUGCCAUAUUCAAUAAACAGAAAUGUUUUCUUUUUAAUUAUUAUUAUUCAUUUGUUAUAAAAUGAAACUAUUUUUGGAAUGUAAUACAAACAUGGAAAUUGUGGAUGUAAUAAAAUGUAUAUAAGCCGGUUACUAUCGGCUACGGAUCUCUAAUUGUGUUCAAUAUUUUAAUAUCGGGAACCACGUGCAAGCUCUGCGCGACCUUGGAUGUCGGCUUUUAUUAAGUAGACUUUUGUAUAACAUAGUUGUAAUUGACCGUUUAUCGUACACGCGUUUAGUUACGCUGAUGUAAAAUGUUUUUGUUCAUUUAAUGAGGGAAAUUAAAUAUAUAUAAAAUAUUUUUUUAAUCCGCAAUUCCUUAUAAGUGAGAGUAAAUUUAAAAUUUGUGAAUUUUUCACCGAUACGAGAAUAAAAUUUUUCCGUAAUAUGUAUUUAUUGUAUGCAGUCUGAGAUGAAUAGAACCGAACCGUGUUGUACGGAACUAGAAAAAAAGAAAAAAAUAUAUAAAUUUCAAACAGCCUUUAAACUGUCAAAUUCAUCCAACAGUCGAUUCCCACGUGAUGGCGCCACAGAUUAACAAACCAUAUGACAUACAUUUUAUAUUUGAUAUUUAACCGGUAAUUUAAGAGCUAUGCUUCGAUGUAAAUAUAUUUGUUAAGCGGUGUUGACGCGCAACUGUAGUGCUCUAUUUAAUUCAUCGUACCUAAACCUUGGCAGUUAUAAAACUGAAAAAUAAUUUUUAUUAUGUUUUUUUUUUUUUAAUUAUUUUUGUAAAUAGAUAAUGCAGGUCAUGUAACACGAUAUUUUUGAAAAUAUACCAAUAUUUAGAAAUUA